CAGAAUUAAAAAAAGGCUUAACUCCCAAUCCUGAUAUUUUGUGUAAUAGUUCUAUCAAAUUUUUGACUUUGGUAGAAUAUGCCGAAAGGAACUUUAAUGCUGAUUUUCUGGCUACCGGACAUUAUGCUAAAACUGUUUUUGAUGCGGCAAAAAAAUGUUUUUUAAGCAAGCCGAAAGAUUUAAAUAAGGACCAAACUUAUUUCCUUUAUCAAGUUUCUCCAUCAAUUUUAGAUAAAAUAAUCUUUCCUUUGGCUAAUUUAACUAAACCGGAAGUCAGACGAAUAGCCGAAGAAUUACAAUUAAUCAACGCCAAAAAAAAAGACUCCACUGGAAUUUGCUUUGUAGGCAAGCGAAAUUUUAAUCAAUUUUUAACUAAUUAUCUUUCUCCAAAUGAAGGAGACAUAAUUGACAUUGACAACGGGCAAAUUAAAGGCCAACAUCAAGGAACCCACUAUUUCACUAUCGGCCAAAGGCACGGAGUUGGAUUAAAAGGAGAAAAAGAGCCUUAUUAUGUAGUUGUGGAAGAAAAAGAAUUGAUUAAUUAUUAUAGCUCUGAAAAUAUUACGGCUAAAUUUCGUUAUCGACAAACCGAGGUAAAAGUGAAAAUUUUACCUACCCAGGAAUCAAAUAAAAUAAAAGUUCAAUUUAAGCAAGCACAACGAGCCAUUACUCCCGGUCAACAUGCCGUUUUUUAUUAUCAAAAUAUUUGUCUAGGAGGAGGAGUAAUUUCGGCCACGGAAAAAUUGGAUGGUUAUA